AUGGAUCCAAAAAUAAGAAAUAUAUUGUUGUUAAGUGUAGGAUUUCUUCUGCUACUUACUGGUUCACUUACAAUGACCAAUAUUCAAAAAACGCUUAUCAAUAGUAUAAAGAGAGAUGCUCCAUCUUAUGAAGAAAAUGGAUAUUAUAGUCAGGCUAUAACCGCCGGAUUCACUGCGGUAUUCAAUUGGACAGUUCCGUCCAUAAUCAACGCUUUUGGAUCCAAGAUGGCCAUGGUUUUGGGUGCACUUCUGAGUAUUUUAUUUAUUUUGCAAUUCAUGUUACAAAAAGUUUGGAUUUUGUAUACAGCAUGUGGUUUAUCAGGAUUGGGUGUCGCUUUAAUAUGGAUAGCGGAAGGUGAAUAUUUGACGCUAAAUUCUACGGAGACAACUAUUAGCAGAAAUACCGGAUUAUUUACAAUAAUAACCAGUUUGCACAUGAUUGGAAAUAUAAUUGUUAUGGUUGUAUUUAAUGGAAAAGAACAAAUAAACAAAGAAACGCGAACGCUCGUUGUGACUACAUUAGCAGGACUAUGUACAGCUGCACUGAUCGUAUUUAUCUUCCUUCCUAAACCCAAAAAACCAUCAAAAACCAGUGAAACUAAGACAAUUGGUGUAGUAGAAUCUCUUGUAAGAACAGCUAAAUUAUGUUUUACAAAAAAUAUGCUAUUGCUAAUUUUUUCUUUUUUAUAUAGUGGAUUAGAAAUAGGAUUUUACAGUGGAAUUUACUCUUCUUGCAUUGGUUUUACAAGAGAACUACAUAAUCGUAAGCAGUUAGUUGGUAUGUCCGGUAUAUUUGUAGGAAUUGGAGAAAUAUUUGCAGGAAGUGUAAUAAGUAUUUUCGGUAAAAAAGUCGCUUAUUUAGGUCGAAGUGUUUUAAUAGGAGUAGGUUGUUUUGUGCACAGCUUAAGUUUUAUAUUAAUUUUUAUUAAUCUCCCAGAUAACUCUCCAUUUGGUGAUACGGAUGAACCAGCAAUUAUUCAAACUAAUACAGUGCUUGCCAUGUUCUGUUCGUUUCUUUUAGGUCUUGGAGAUUGUAUACACUCAAAUGUUAUAUUUAGUUCACUUGGUAUAGUUUAUUAUGAAGAAGCUUCCUCGGCCUUCGCCAUUUUGCAAUUCUUCACACAAGUUGGAAUAGUAAUUAAUUUUGUCACCGCUGGGCUGUUAGGUCUUUAUUACAAGCUCGCUAUGCUUUUUGGAUUAGGAAUACUAAGUACCGUAUUUUUCAUAAUAGUGGAUGCUUCUUGGAAACGUAAGGUGUUGGAAAAGAGAGACAAAAAUGAAAUUUUGUGA